AUUUCCAUCAUGUCGGACGAGUCAUGAAAGUUAAACAGAUAAUUAUUGUGCCUUAAUAAUUUGUCCGUCCAGACAACUAAUAAAUUAGAUACAAGUGUAAAUAAAUAAUUUUAGAUUGAUAUUGAUCUCGGGUAAUGUAAAAUGGCUCAACAGAAGCGAGCAUGGAAACUCCAGGAGUUUGUAGCUCACGGUGCAAAUGUACAAUGUCUUGGUUUGGGUCACAAGUCAAGCAGGGUGAUGGUAACAGGAGGAGAGGACAGAAAGGUCAAUCUAUGGGCAGUUGGCAAACCCCAUUGUAUUAUGACAUUGACUGGCCAUACCACAACAGUUGAAGCGGUUAGAUUUGGAAAUGCUGAAGAAAUGGUUGUUGCUGGUUCUCAGUCUGGUGCUUUAAAAGUAUGGGAUUUGGAACAAGCCAAAAUAAUGAGAACAUUAACUGGACAUACAGCAGGAAUUCGUGCUCUAGAUUUUCACCCGUUUGCUGAAUUUGUUGGAUCAGGAUCUAUGGAUUCUCACAUAAAGUUAUGGGAUAUUAGAAGAAAGGGCUGUAUAAAAACAUACAAGGGUCAUCUAAGUUGUGUAAACUCUCUACGAUUUAGUCCCGAUGGUAAAUGGAUAGCAUCAGCUGGAGAAGAUGGUAUAAUCAAGCUUUGGGACUUAGCAGCAGGGAAACUAGUAGCAGAUCUCAAAUUACAUCAGGGGCCAGUCAAUGUGGUAGAAUUCCAUCCAAAUGAAGUACUUCUAGUCUCCGCUAGUAGUGAUAGAACUGUCAAAUUUUGGGAUUUAGAGACGCUCAAAUUAAUAAGUUCAUCUCCAAAAGAAUCUAAGCCUGUUUGUGCCAUGUGGUUUCAUCCUGAAGGGAAAUGUGUUUAUGCUGGAGCAGAUGAUAGUUUAAAAGUGUAUGGUUGGGAACCAUAUGAAUGUUAUGACUCGGUUCCAUUAAACUGGGGAGAUGUAGCAGAUAUAGCAUUUAGACAAGAUCAAUUGAUUGGUGCCUCCUAUUCCAAAACCAAUGUAGCAGUUCAUGUUGUUGAUAUUAGUCGAGUUCGACCAAUGGGUGUAAAUAUAGAACCUGAUGUUAGACCAACCUUUUCUAGAAGUGGUAGAAGAAGUUUUAUGUCAGAAAGACCAUCAACACAAUCUACACCACAAGCAAGAAUGUCAGAAGAAGAUGCAGAAGAACAAACCAGUGUAACAUCAGAUAAUACACCAGAAGAUAAUCAAUCAUCAUCAGCUGAUAUACAAAAUCAAGAUGAUUAUGCAGCUUUAUUUAGACCUAGAUCUCGAUUAGCUCGUUCUCCUACACGUGUAACAGAACCAUUUCAACAACCUUUAGAUGAUGAUUUAGAAAAAGUACCUGUUAAACAAAAUGCACAAAAUGAUACAAAAGUCAUUCCAGACCGAGGUAGAGCAUUAAGUAGAGAUAGACCAUCCCCGCUCGAUGUCUCUGAUGAUGUUGAAGACCCACAGCGCCAGUUAACCCCAGAAGAGAAAUAUGCACAAUUACAAACUCAGGAUGAACGCAAACGAAAAUCAUACACAGAGAAAUUAAAGGUUGCUGAUAAACAAAAACAAGUUGAUAAACAGCGACAGGCAGUGGAAAAGCAGAAAUCAUUAGAUAAACAGAAAGAAUUUGACCGACAACUAGAAGAGAAACGACAACUAGAAGAGAAACGACGACAAGAACAUGAAGAUAGACAACGAAUUAUCGACCAAAAACGAAAAGAAAAACUAGAACAGGAAAAAGCAGAAAGGAAGAGUCCACCGAGGAAAACUUUAGCUGCUGAGGAUUUCUUGCCACAACAUGCUAUAAGUGAUCAUAAUGCUCCAGCUAAUAUGUCUGAAGAUGAUUCAUUUGCAUCUAUAGAAAAGGGUCAUACAGCUAUGUUAACAGUUAUGUCUAGCAGAAGUAGAAAUAUACAAAUAGUUAGAGCUAUGUGGACAUCAGGCAAUACUAAGACUGCCGUUGAUUCAGCAAUAAGUAUGAAUGAUCCAGCAGUAAUGGUGGAUAUACUCAAUGUACUCAAUUUUAAACCGACAUUAUGGUCAUUAGAUCUAUGCAAUAUAUUAUUGCCACAACUGAAGGAACUUUUAAAUAGUAAAUAUGAAUGUUAUGUGUUAACAACUUGUACAUCAUUGAAGUUGAUAUUAAAGAAUAUGGGAUCAGUUAUCAAGGCUAAUAUACAAAAUGCACCAAGUAUAGGUGUUGAUAUAUCUCGUGAAGAAAGGCAUAGAAAGUGUAAUGAAUGUUAUGGCACAUUGAUGGCUGUACGAACCAUAGUAGAGAAACGUCAGUCAAGUCCAGGGAAGUUAGGAAAUAUGUAUAAACAGAUCCAAAUAUUAAUGGGGACACUGGAUUAAUUCUGUGAAAAAUGUUCUGGAAAGAAAAUUAAGUGAGAUCUGAAGGCUAUUAUGAAUAGACCUUGUGCUUAACUGUUCACUAAUUAACCAAUGACAGCAUGUCUCUCUUCAGAUUGUUUGAAAACCUUGUGGAUUUCUUUCCUUUGCUUCCAUUGGUUGAUAACCAGUAGUGAUGACUGUUCAUGUAUAAUAUUAAGGAUGGAGUUUGAUAUAUUUCCAAACUGCAGCAAGACAUUCCAAUGUUUCAACAAUGUCAGCAAAACAUAUCAUCAGUAUCUUCAUCUGUUAUCAUUAUAUACAUACAGCUUAUAUAUAUCACAUCUCUAUGUAUAUAUAUAUAUAUAUAUAUAAUAAUAGUAUGUAGUUCUAAAUACUUACUCCUUUGUAUUUAUUCUACUGGUAUAAGGAAAAGAUGGUGUGUUUUUAUAUUCAUCAUUUUUUAGUUUGGAAUAUUUGAUUCUUUGAAGCAUUCUAGAUGUGACUUUACCACUUGGACAUAUAUAGUGAUAUAAACAAUGGAAUUUGUGUGUGAAGAAAUAAAAAAAAAGUGUGUUAACAAAUGUUUUCUGUAUUGAAAUGGACCAUCUUUCUUAUAUUCAAAAGCACUCUGAAGUUCGUCCAUACGUAUUCACUGGGUGGCUUUAUACCUCUACUUAAAAUAAACUUUAUCUAUAAAGUGAUACUUUUCUCUUUAUUUUCGUGUGACUAAUUAAGAAACAAAUAUAAAAUUUGUUGCAUAGAAAUGUAGUUCAAUAUGAAAGGUUGUAAAAAUGUGCUAAUUUAAGUGUUUAUAUUUCAAACACAAUCUUAAUCAGCAGUAAGAAUUAUGAUUGCUCCAGCAUAUAUAUAUAUAUAUAUUUAUAUCCGCUUUUAUUUUAAGUGGCAUGAAUUAGUGCUUGAUCUAUCUAUCUGUUACAUUUUUUUAUAUUAAAACAUCAUCAAUUGUUAUUAUUUUGUAUUUAUUGCUUUUGGUAGGGUACCCCACCAUAAAUAAAUAUCUCCAAAUAGCUUGACAGUUACACCACAAUAUAUACAUACCAAUCCUUAAAUCUGUUUGGCACAUUUAUAGUCACUAAAUAAACGGCCAUGUUGUACUUAAUAAGCUAUGACCAUUUAACCAUUGAUAAGUAAUAGACUGAAAAAUGGUUCUGAGUGUCGUCCAUGAUAUCCAGGCAUUUUUGAGCAAAAAAUAGGUUACGUGCCCUUGUUUUGAAAUUAGUCUCGCUUGACCAGUCUACCGACCAUUCUCCUUCUGAUUGACAGGCCGGGAUAAUCAAGACUACUUUUUUUUCGAAACAUAACAGAAAGCUGGAACAAGAAAUUGAAUUUAGAAACACGCAUGGUAGGCAACUCAACAAAUGUUUUAAGAACCUUAUAAAAGUUAAAUGAAACUACUGCUAGUAUCAUGUUCCAGUCUAACCCAAGUUUUUCAGAGAUAUUAUUUGUACUAAACCAAAAGAUGCUGCUCAUAACGGUAUAGUUAAUGAUAAAGCAAUUUAAAAAAUAAAACGAAGGUAAUUUCUAAAGCUGUGUAAUAACCAAAAAAGCUAAAUAUUACUGCUAUUCAGAAUCGUCAACAAUAGAUUUUUUAUGCCUGUAAUAGUUGAUAGAUGUGUUGAGAAUUUCACCUGCGAUGGCUAUUUAUAGACUCGAAGAGAGUGCAUGACUAGGCAGAAAUCACUUUGAGACAAGCCACUGAAGUGUGCACGUUCACUGUGUCGAGUACCACUUUUAGUUGGGAAAAUUUUCGGUACAUGGGGCACCCUACUAUUGGUGUUGUGACCAUUUUAUAACCAUAUUGGAGUAACCUCCCUUUAUUUAUCACAGAAUGUGGUAAAAAAAAAUUCUGAUUUUUUUUUUUUGCAAGUAUUAACAAAUUUCUUUUCAUUUAUGGUAGGGAUUGGGAUAUUUUAAAUUACCAAGUAGUGUUCUAAAAAAGAAAUACAUUAUUACAAAUGGCUGCAAUAAUGAAAAUAGCAGAAAAAGCAUUAUGAACUUAUUUUGAUUUGAUAAAGAUGCAGAUGGGGGUUUUAUUAAUCUUUGAUUGAGGUAUUUGUCACCUCAGUCUAAUGGAGAUUAUGAACAUUAUUAAAUAAAGUAAAAGUAAAGGAUAAUAUUAAAUACCUCUGUAUGUCAUACAGGCAUUUCUGUCUGUGUUAAACACUCUAGUCUGUAGCUUGUAUAAUAUUAAUAUUUAAACCAGCUUAACAUGUCUAUGUUAAUCUUAUUACACCAUUCUUACUAUAGUUUUAAAUAUUAAAUAGAUUCUUCUCUCACUACUUCACACUUCACAUCUAAUGCAUACUCUUUCCAAUUUUUAAAAAGCCUUUCUUUAUAAGAACUAUGUAUUUUAAUUGAAGAUAAUCACAAAAUAUACAUAGUUGAUUUCAAAAUUUGUUGCUUUGUGGAUAGUCAACUUGAUCUGAUUCACUGUUAAUACAUGUGUAUGGUAGGAAAAGAAAAAUCUUAAUACUUUCAACCUUAGAAAGAGGGCAAGAUAUUUUAAUUCAAACCACUUUUGUAAAGAAUGAAUGGUUCAACUGAUAUGUUAAAUCUAUUAGUACUGGUACAUGUAGUUUAGACAAGCAUGUAAAUAUAAAAGCUUUGAAUUAGUGGUACUAUGUACAUAUAUCUUAUAUUUAUUAUUGAUCAAACUAUAACAUUUUGAUGGAAAGCAUAUUUCUUUACAAUGCAAAAUUAUAAUGGAUAAGGGUUAGGUUAUUUUUUUAUAAUCACUUUCAAAUAAAAUGUAUAUCUGUUUAUAUAGUCCGAAAAAAUGGUAGCCAUUUUUGUAUUCCUUAUUUGUUAAUUAAACAAAGAUGAUCUGAUUUCUUUUAAACUGAACUCUUGAGAUUUGGUCUCCUUGUUCUACUCUAUAAUAUGUAUUUGUAAAUUUCUAAACAUUUAACUGUGUAAGAUUUGAAUACGACAUAAAUGUAGGUUUGAGAGAAAACGAUUGAUUAAAGCAAUGCUAACUGCUGAAUUUUUAUACAUGUAUCUUUAGUGUGCUUCAUUAUGACUGUGAUAACUUGAAUAACCUCUUGUAGCUUUUUCAUAUGCAAGUAAAUGGAGGGAUGGAAAGGGUGGGGGGGGUGAGGGGGUUUGGGACUUUAUAUAAUUUUUUGUUUAAAGGCAUUUAAUAUGAAAUUGUACAGGUUUUUUUUAUUUGAACAAUAUAUAAUCUAGUAAUAUUUCAUACAUUAAAAUCUUUAUUUGUACAGAUGUUGAAACUUUCUCAUACAUAGUGGUUGGUUUUGUGCUUAAUUUGGUAAAAUUAGGUUAAAAAUUUUAAUAAUGACAGAAAUUGCUCUCUAUUACAUCUCAAUUAGUAGGGUGUUAAACCAGAAUACCCCAUUUCAUUCAUUCUAUUACGAGUUGUGUUAAAAAUAGAUCAGUUGAUUAUUUAGGAUGUCAAUGAAUAUAAAAUGGGUCUUUAUGUGUUUAUUACUGGAAUAUGGGCAGAACAUGACAUCUUUGUGAAAACUGACACAUAGUGAGAUUGGACAAGCUUAAUCAUAAAUUCCAGAAAGUCUGUUAUAAAAGUAUUACACAAGAACAGUUGAUUGUUGGACAGGAUUCAUCUAAUACAUGUAUAGUAAAUCCUUAAUUAAACCAACCACAACUUAGCAGAAGAUGAAUAAACAUUUUCAUUACUUGAUUUGUUGACAAAGUGAAGACAAAAAUGUUAUUUAUUAUAAUUAAUAAAGUCAGAAAUAAUGAUAUAAGUUAGAUUAUCAGUCGAUUAAUGCCGGAAGAAAUUUCAAACAAUUUACCUUGUCUCACGAAGUGUCAUCAUCAUACAGACCUAAUUAAUGUUCUCUCUUUUUUUUCUCUUUUUUCAAGCUGAAAUAUGAUUAUUUACUGUCCUGUGACUAAUCUUGAAGGGUAGAAAAUUUACUUGAGAUGAUGUUGCAAUAAAAUCAAAUACAAAUAUUUGACAAAAAUUAUUUUUUAUUAUUUCCUUGCUAGUGGUAUAAAAGGAAAUGUAUAUCAUAAUAUAAUGAUAUAUUUUGUAUUUUUUGGAAAGAUAAUUUAGAGUUCAAGGAUAUUUUGAAUUGGUUAUAGAUUGCAUUAAUGUGUGAGAUCCCACUUGAUUUUUCGCAAUUUUUGUGUCGAAAAAGGGUAUUUUAGAAGAAAAUCCUGCACAAUUUGGACAAAAUUAACACAUUUUCCACUUUAACAUUAAAUAUUUUGAGAUAAAUAUUGAUUUAUACCUGUAUAUAUGUAACAAUUCUAAGUACCGGUAUAUCUUUAUUUGAUAAUAAUGAUACAUCAUUCACAGGAAUCAGAAAAUGAACCAAAAGCAGGCAUAAAAUGUAUACUUAAGUAUCUAUUUCAGUUUUUAGAAAUUUUGUUGAAAGAUUACUGAAAAUAUUGGAAUUUAUUAAGUUUAAACAAAAUUGUUGGUUACUGUAAAUUAUUUUAUAUCUUGGUGUAUGAAUAUUUAAUCUUUAUACAGAAAUUCAUUUAUUUUCAGAAAUUGUCUCAUCCAUUUUCAUUUGAUGUAUGCUAUUAUAAAUAUAUUUCCUGUGUCGGCCAACUAGACAUAAAUAUAAAACUGCUGUACCAAAUAACAUUUUUUAAUGAGCCUUCAAGAUCAAUAUUUUAGAACAAUUUCAUUAGUAAAAUUGGACUAUAUUAUAAAUAUUGAACAUGUCAUCAAUUUGCUCUAAAAUAUCAGAUUUUACCAUUAAAAAAAAUGUUAAUGGAAUUACAAAUGCAUUAGAUAAUGCAACUGUUAACAUUUAUUUCAAAGAUAUUUUUGAUAUGUAAUAAUACAUAUAUCGGUAGACUUAUUUUGUUAUUUGAAGUUAAUUUGGGUAAAUAAUUGGACUACCAAACAUGUUUAUUAAUUUUUAUAGGAUCAACUUGCAUUGUGACCGGAUAUUGUUGUCACCCCUUUUUGUCUAUCCAUCCGUGUGUCUGUCAUCCACUGAACGCCGCAGAGAUUAAAGUUAUCAACUGAUUGCCUUAAUUGAUUUUUAACAAUUUCAACAAUAAAAUUAUCUGAUUACUGGUACAUUUUUUUGUAUAAUAAAUGUUAGCACUAGAAAUGAUAAUUGCUGAUGGAUGCUCUAGUUAGUAUUUAAUUACCAACAAAAGAAUAAAUAUGUGACAACCUUUUCGGAGGGCUUUUUAUGAUUUAGCUGCUGUGGGUGUAUGUUUAUUGAGGAGGAAUCCAAAAUUUUCAUGUAUACUUAAUAUGCUCAAUAUCUGUAUAAUAUAGAUUCUAUGCUUGGUUUUAAUCCAUUAACUCAUUCUGUAAGAUUUACAGGGUCUAGAUUUUUCUUCUCUACUAUGUAGCAUCUAAUUUGGGGAAACAGUCUAUAAUUCCAUCCUAUGUAAUAACAUAUAUGUGCACUGAUUGCAAUAAAAUGUGUUUCUCAAAAUAAA